AUCCCUUCAUGAGGUUGUGAGCUUGAGGUCAAAGCAUGCAUACCAGGCUUCCCCGAGCGCUGGCCGCCCUGGGCGUGGCCCUACUGCUGUCUUCCAUUGAGGCUGAAGUUGACCCACCUUCCGAUUUGAAUUUUAAAAUUAUAGAUGAAAAUACUGUUCAUAUGUCAUGGGAGAGACCAUUUGAUCCAAUUGUGGGUUACAGAAUAACGGUGGACUCUACAACAGAGGGACCUACUAAAGAAUUUACCCUUGCAGCUGGUACCACUGAAACUCUAUUAUCAGACCUCAUUCCUGAAACGGACUAUGUGGUGACUAUAACUUCCUAUGAUGAAGUAGAAGAAAGUGUGCCAGUUAUAGGGCAGCUGACAAUUCAAACAGGUGGUCCAACAAAACCAGGGGAGAAGAAACCUGGAAAACCAGAGAUACAAAAGUGCUCGGUCAGUGCCUGGACUGAUUUAGUCUUUCUUGUGGAUGGCUCCUGGAGUGUGGGAAGAAAUAAUUUCAAGUACAUUUUAGACUUCAUUGCUGCUCUUGUGUCUGCUUUUGACAUUGGGGAGGAGAAGACAAGAGUUGGAGUUGUUCAGUACAGCACAGAUACCAGGACUGAAUUUAACUUAAAUCAGUAUUACCGAAGAGAUGACCUGCUUGCUGCAAUUAAGAAAAUACCUUACAAAGGUGGCAACACAAUGACAGGGGAUGCCAUUGAUUACUUGGUUAAAAACACUUUCACUGAAUCUGCUGGCUCAAGAGCUGGCUUUCCUAAAGUGGCAAUUAUUAUCACGGAUGGCAAAUCUCAGGACGAAGUGGAUAUUCCAGCUCGGGAGCUUCGGAAUAUUGGAGUUGAGGUUUUCUCUCUGGGUAUUAAAGCUGCAGAUGCAAAAGAACUCAAACAAAUUGCAUCCACACCUUCCUUGAACCAUGUUUUCAAUGUGGCCAAUUUUGAUGCAAUUGUGGACAUUCAAAAUGAGAUAAUCUCCCAGGUGUGUUCAGGAGUUGAUGAGCAACUUGGUGAACUGGUUAGUGGAGAAGAAGUCAUCGAACCUCCCUCAAAUCUGGUUGCCACAGAUGUCUCAUCAAAGUACAUUAAGCUGCGCUGGGAUCCGUCUCCCAGCGCUGUGACCGGCUAUAAAAUCCUCCUCACACCAAUGGCCGCAGGAGGCCGACAUCACGCUUUGAGUGUGGGGCCUCAGACGACCACGCUCAAUGUUCGUGAUCUCUCAGCUGACACGGAAUACCAGAUCAGUGUUUCUGCCAUGAAGGGACUGACAUCCAGUGAGCCCAUUUCAGUAAUGGAGAAGACUCAGCCAAUGAAAGUUCAAGUGGAAUGUUCACGUGGUGUGGAUAUAAAAGCUGAUAUCGUGUUUUUGGUUGAUGGUUCCUAUAGCAUCGGGAUUGCAAACUUCGUUAAAGUUAGAGCCUUUUUGGAAGUUCUUGCAAAAAGUUUUGAGAUCUCACCAAACAGGGUACAGAUAAGCCUGGUCCAAUACAGCAGAGACCCUCACACUGAGUUCACAUUGAAGGAAUUUAACAGAGUUGAAGAUAUAAUCAAAGCAAUAAACACCUUCCCCUACAGGGGAGGAUCCACAAACACAGGCAAAGCAAUGACUUAUGUCAGAGAGAAAAUAUUUGUGCCUAACAAAGGAUCAAGAAGUAAUGUCCCGAAGGUCAUGAUUCUCAUCACUGAUGGGAAGUCAUCGGAUGCUUUCAGAGACCCUGCUAUAAAACUCAGAAAUUCGGAUGUGGAGAUCUUCGCAGUAGGCGUGAAGGAUGCUGUUCGCUCUGAGUUGGAAGCCAUUGCCUCUCCUCCUCCAGAGACCCAUGUGUUCACAGUGGAGGAUUUUGAUGCCUUUCAGAGGAUAUCGUUUGAACUCACCCAGUCUAUCUGUCUUAGAAUUGAGCAAGAGUUGGCAGCUAUAAAGAAGAAAGCUUAUGUGCCACCGAAGGAUCUGAGGUUUACUCAGGUGACUUCUAAUAGUUUCAAAGCCGAAUGGUCUCCUGCUGGAGAAAAUGUUUUUUCCUAUCAUGUCACAUACAAAGAUGCUACUGGGAAUGAUGAGGUCACAGUGGUGGAGCCAGCUUCGAGCACCAGUGUUGUUCUCAGCAACCUGAAACCAGAGACCCUGUACUUGGUAAAUGUGACUGCAGAGUAUGAAGAUGGCUUCAGUAUUCCCGUAGCUGGAGAGGAGACCACAGCUGAAGUAAAAGGAGUACCACGAAACCUGAAGGUGACAGAUGAGACUACAGACAGUUUUAAAAUUACCUGGUCUCAGGCUCCAGGGAGAGUCUUAAGGUAUCGAAUCAUAUACAGACCAGUUUCUGGUGGAGAAAGCAAAGAAGUCAGUACCCCAGCCAAUCAGAGGAGGAAAACACUGGAGAACCUGACACCAGACACAAAGUAUGAAAUAUCUGUAAUUCCUGAAUAUUCCUCUGGACCUGGCUCUCCACUGACAGGAAAUGCAGCCACUGAAGAAGUUAGAGGGAAUCCAAGAGACUUAAGAGUUUCUGACGCUACGACAUCAACUCUAAAGUUGUCUUGGAGUGGGGCACCAGGAAAAGUGAAGCAGUAUCUUGUCACGUACACACCAGCAGCAGGAGGUGAAACUCAAGAGGUUACUGUGGACGGAGAUACAACCAACACGGUGUUGAGGCGAUUGAAGGAAGGGACACAAUACGACUUAUCUGUGACAGCACUGUAUGCAUCUGGGGCUGGAGAAGCCCUUUCUGGUAAAGGAACAACACUUGAAGAACGUGGUUCACCCCAAAAUCUAGUUACAAAAGAUAUCACGGACACUUCUAUUGGGGCCUAUUGGACAUCUGCUCCAGGAAUGGUUCGUGGGUACAGAGUCUCAUGGAAGUCACUUUAUGAUGAUAUUGAGGCUGGAGAGAAAAAUCUUCCUGGAGACGCAAUUCAUACUAUGAUAGAGAAUCUACAGCCAGAGACAAAGUACAAAAUUUCAGUUUUUGCAACUUACAGCAGCGGAGAAGGAGAGCCCGUGACUGGAGAUGCCACAACCGAAUUAUCCCAAGAUUCUAAAACCUUAAAAGUGGAUGAAGAAACCGAACACACGAUGAGAGUUACGUGGAAACCAGCACCAGGGAAAGUUGUCAACUACCGUGUUGUGUAUCGCCCUCAAGGGGGAGGGAGACAAAUGGUCGCUAAGGUGCCACCCACAGUCACUUCAACAGUGCUAAAGAGACUUCAACCCCAGACCACAUACGACAUUACAGUUCUCCCGAUGUAUAAGACAGGAGAAGGAAAGCUGAGGCAAGGAUCAGGGACAACAGCUUCUAGAUUUAAGUCACCAAGAAACCUCAAAACUUCCGAUCCAACAAUGUCAAGUUUCCGAGUGACUUGGGAGCCUGCCCCUGGGGAAGUGAAAGGUUACAAAGUCACGUUCCAUCCUACUGGUGAUGACAGAAGACUAGGGGAGUUGGUCCUUGGACCAUAUGACAACACUGUUGUCUUGGAGGAGCUUAGGGCAGGCACCACCUAUAGAGUCAAUGUUUUUGGGAUGUUUGAUGGAGGAGAAAGUUUACCACUUGUUGGGCAAGAAAUGACAACCCUUUCUGACACAACUGUGACACCAUUUUUAUCCUCUGGGAUGGAGUGUCUCACCAGAGCGGAAGCAGACAUUGUGUUGCUGGUGGAUGGGUCGUGGAGCAUCGGCCGUGCAAAUUUUAGAACCGUGAGGAGCUUUAUUUCUCGUAUUGUGGAAAUCUUUGAUAUUGGUCCCAAGAGAGUACAAAUUGCUCUCGCUCAGUACAGUGGAGACCCCAGAACAGAGUGGCAGUUAAAUGCUCACAGAGACAAGAAGAGUUUAUUGCAGGCUGUGGCGAACUUACCGUACAAAGGAGGAAACACCCUCACGGGCAUGGCUUUGAAUUUCAUUCGCCAACAGAGCUUCAGGACCCAAGCUGGCAUGAGGCCUCGUGCUCGCAAAAUUGGAGUUCUCAUUACUGAUGGAAAAUCACAAGAUGACGUGGAGGCUCCAUCAAAGAAACUCAAGGAUGAAGGAGUGGAGCUGUUUGCUAUUGGUAUUAAGAAUGCUGAUGAAAUUGAACUAAAAAUGAUUGCUACUGAUCCAGAUGACACCCAUGCAUACAAUGUGGCAGAUUUUGAGUCAUUAUCCAAGAUUGUGGAUGACCUCACCAUCAACUUGUGUAACAGUGUCAAGGGCCCUGUACCCUUACCCAGACCUCAAGAUGUGAAACUCAGAGAUGUGACUCACAGCACCAUGAAUGUCAUCUGGGAACCUGUGCUUGGAAAAGUUCGUAAAUACAUUGUUAGAUACAAAACUCCAGAAGAAGAGUUCAAAGAGGUGGAGGUGGACAGAUCAAGGGCCAGCACCACCCUCAAAGACCUCUCCUCUCAAACCCCGUACACAGUGAGCGUUUCUGCAGUGUACGAUGAGGGCGAAUCUCCCCCUGCGAGUGCUUAUGAGACAACCCGGCGUGUUCCAGCACCAACAAACCUACAGUUUACUGAAGUAACACCAGAGAGUUUCAGAGGAACUUGGGACCAUGGAGCUUCAGAUGUGUCUCUCUAUAGAAUAACCUGGGCACCUAUUGACAAUCCAGACAAGAUGGAGACCAUCUUAAAUGGAGAUGAAAAUACCUUGGUGUUUGAAAAUCUGAACCCCAACACUCUGUAUGAAGUUUCCAUUACUGCCAUCUAUCCUGAUGAGUCUGAAAGUGAUGACCUGAGUGGCAGCGAGCGCACAUUGCGUUUGAUACCCUUAACAACACAAGCUCCAAAAAGUGGUCCACGGAACCUUCAGGUGUAUAAUGCCACAUCUAACAGCUUGACUGUUAAGUGGGAUCCUGCUAGCGGUCGUGUGCAGAAAUACAGGAUCACACACCAGCCUUCCACAGGAGAAGGCAAUGAACAAACGACCACAGUAGGAGGACGGCAGAACAGCGUGGUCCUGCAGAAACUGAAGCCUGACACUCCAUACACCAUCACGGUGUCCUCCCUCUAUCCUGAUGGUGAAGGUGGCCGGAUGACUGGAAGGGGCAAAACAAAACCUCUGAACACCGUGAGGAACUUGAGAGUCUAUGACCCUUCUACCAGCACCUUGAGUGUUCGCUGGGACCAUGCAGAGGGCAAUCCUCGACAGUACAAACUCUUCUAUGCCCCAACAGCAGGUGGCCCUGAAGAACUGGUACCAAUCCCUGGGAAUACCAACUAUGCCAUUCUCAGGAACCUGCAGCCAGAUACUCCAUACACUGUCACAGUGGUUCCUGUCUAUACAGAAGGUGAUGGCGGACGCACAUCAGACACUGGAAGGACAUUGGUGAGAGGACUGGCAAGAAACAUCCAAGUGUACAACCCUACACCCAACAGCCUUGAUGUCCGCUGGGACCCUGCUCCUGGGCCAGUACAGCAGUACCGCAUUGUAUACUCCCCUGUUGCUGGCACAAGACCCUCAGAAUCUAUUGUGGUGCCAGGGAAUACCCGCACGGUGCAUCUGGAGAGGCUGAUUCCGGACACACCCUAUUCUGUAAACAUUGUGGCUCUCUACUCGGAUGGAGAGGGGAAUCCCAGCCCCAGCCAGGGCCGAACACUUCCACGAAGUGGUCCAAGGAAUCUUCGGGUCUUUGGGGAGACAACCAACAGCCUGUCCGUAGCCUGGGAUCAUGCUGAUGGGCCAGUUCAGCAAUAUAGGAUCAUCUAUUCCCCUACCGUUGGUGAUCCGAUUGACGAAUAUACCACAGUUCCAGGCAGGAGAAACAAUGUAAUAUUGCAGCCCCUGCAACCUGACACUCCAUAUAAAAUUACUGUCAUUGCCAUCUAUGAUGAUGGAGAUGGUGGCCAUCUAACUGGAAACGGAAGGACUGUGGGAUUGCUUCCUCCUCAGAACAUACAUAUCUCUGAUGAAUGGUAUACAAGGUUCAGAGUCUCCUGGGACCCAUCACCCUCACCAGUUCUUGGAUAUAAAAUUGUGUACAAGCCAGUGGGUUCCAAUGAGCCCAUGGAAGCCUUUGUUGGAGAAGUGACAUCAUACACAUUACACAAUCUCAAUCCCAGCACUACCUAUGACGUCAGUGUUUAUGCUCAAUAUGACUCUGGGCUCAGUGUUCCCCUUACAGAUCAAGGCACCACACUGUACUUAAAUGUGACAGACCUGAAAACUUAUCAAGUUGGCUGGGAUACAUUCUGUGUCAAAUGGUCACCUCAUCGGGCAGCUACUUCCUACAGGCUAAAACUGAGUCCUGCAGAUGGAACCAGAGGACAAGAAAUUACAGUUCGAGGAUCAGAAACCAGUCACUGUUUCACGGGCCUCUCCCCAGAGGCUGAGUAUGGCGUCACUGUUUUUGUGCAGACACCAAAUCUGGAGGGGCCGGGUGUCCCCAUCAAGGAACAGACCACUGUAAAACCAACAGAGGCUCCUACGGAACCACCAACACCUUCUCCUCCUCCCACUAUUCCACCUGCCCGUGAUGUAUGCAAAGGGGCCAAGGCAGACAUUGUGUUCUUGACAGACGCCUCUUGGAGUAUUGGAGAUGACAAUUUUAACAAAGUUGUAAAAUUUAUCUUUAAUACUGUGGGGGCCUUUGAUGAAGUCAACCCUGGAGGGAUUCAGGUUUCUUUUGUGCAGUACAGUGAUGAGGUCAAGUCUGAGUUCAAGCUGAACACAUACAACGACAAGGCUCUAGCCCUUGGAGCCCUCCAGAACAUUCGCUACAGAGGAGGAAACACAAGAACAGGCAAGGCCCUCACGUUUAUCAAGGAGAAGGUCUUGACCUGGGAGAGCGGCAUGAGGAAGAAUGUCCCAAAGGUGCUGGUGGUGGUCACAGAUGGCCGGUCACAGGAUGAGGUGAAGAAGGCAGCGUUUGUCAUCCAGCAGUCAGGGUUCAGCGUAUUCGUGGUUGGUGUGGCUGAUGUGGACUACAACGAACUUGCCAACAUUGCCAGCAAGCCCAGCGAAAGGCAUGUGUUCAUUGUGGAUGACUUCGAAUCUUUUGAGAAGAUCGAGGACAAUCUUAUCACAUUUGUUUGUGAAACUGCCACUUCAAGUUGUCCUCUCAUCUAUCUGGAUGGCUACACCUCACCAGGCUUUAAGAUGCUUGAAGCUUACAACCUGACAGAAAAGAAUUUUGCUUCUGUCCAAGGAGUCUCUUUGGAAUCAGGCUCUUUCCCCAGCUAUUCAGCCUAUAGGCUACAGAAGAAUGCCUUUAUCAAUCAGCCAACAGCAGAACUCCAUCCAAAUGGACUCCCUCCUUCAUACACGAUCAUAUUAUUGUUUAGACUUCUCCCAGAAACUCCCAGUGACCCCUUUGCAAUUUGGCAAAUUACAGACAGAGACUACAGGCCACAAGUUGGAGUGAUUGCAGAUCCUUCCAGCAAGACACUAUCUUUCUUUAACAAGGAUACAAGAGGCGAGGUACAGACUGUUACAUUUGACACAGAUGAAGUGAAGACGUUAUUUUACGGAAGUUUUCAUAAGGUCCAUAUUGUAGUGACCUCAAAAAGUGUUAAGAUUUAUAUUGACUGCUAUGAAAUUGUGGAAAAAGACAUCAAGGAAGCUGGAAAUAUCACAACUGAUGGCUAUGAAAUUCUUGGAAAGCUUCUUAAAGGAGAUAGGAAAUCAGCGACAUUCCAAAUCCAGAGCUUUGACAUUGUCUGCAGCCCAGUGUGGACCAGCAGAGACAGAUGCUGUGACAUUCCCUCUAGGAGAGAUGAAGCAAAAUGCCCUGCUCUUCCGAAUGCUUGCACAUGUACACAGGACAGCGUUGGACCUCCAGGCCCUCCAGGCCCUGCAGGAGGACCUGGUGCAAAAGGUCCCAGAGGUGAAAGAGGCAUCAAUGGUGCAGUUGGGCCUCCAGGUCCCCGUGGAGAUACAGGCCCUCCAGGCCCUCAGGGUCCUCCAGGCCCCCAGGGACCCAAUGGACUCUCCAUUCCAGGAGAACAGGGUCGCCAGGGGAUGAAAGGUGAUGCGGGAGAGCCAGGGCUUCCCGGCCGGACAGGAACCCCAGGAUUGCCUGGCCCCCCAGGACCAAUGGGACCACCAGGAGACAGAGGUUUCACUGGCAAAGAUGGUGCAAUGGGACCUAGAGGGCCACCAGGGCCACCGGGAACCCCAGGCUCUCCAGGAGUCACAGGGCCAAGUGGGAAACCAGGAAAACCUGGAGACCACGGCAGACCAGGUCAAUCUGGGUUAAAAGGAGAAAAAGGUGAUAGGGGAGACAUUGCUUCUCAGAACAUGAUGCGAGCAGUUGCAAGACAAGUCUGCGAACAGCUAAUAAGUGGUCAAAUGAGCAGAUUCAAUCAGAUGCUGAAUCAGAUUCCAAAUGACUACCACUCAAAUCGCAACCAACCUGGCCCACCAGGGCCCCCAGGGCCCCCUGGCAGUGCUGGAGCCAGAGGAGAACCAGGGCCUGGGGGGCGACCAGGAUUUCCUGGCACACCAGGGAUGCAGGGACCCCCUGGUGAACGAGGUUUGCCUGGAGAGAAAGGUGAAAGGGGCAUUGGUUCUGUAGGACCCCGAGGGCCACCGGGACCUCCAGGUCCACAAGGAGAAUCCAGAACGGGCCCACCAGGGUCUACAGGUUCAAGAGGCCCCCCUGGUCCUCCUGGUCGUCCUGGAAACUCAGGUAUCCGGGGACCCCCAGGUCCUCCUGGAUAUUGUGAUUCAUCCCAGUGUGCCAGCAUCCCAUACAAUGGGCAAGGCUAUCCAGAGCCUUAUGUGCCCGAGGGUGGGGCGUACCUGCCUGAUCGUGAGCCCUUCAUCGUGCCUGUGGAGCCUGAGAGGACAGCAGAAUACGAGGAGGACUACGGUGCAGACGAGCCUGAACGGGAGCACCCUGACCACAUGCGUUGGCGGCGCGCCCUGCGCCCAGGCCCUGGGCAGUGAACCUGAGACGGCAGGGUCAUCGAGGUGGGAGGUGCUGGGAUUCUCAUUCACAGGUCAGGCAGGGCAGCAUACAUCUUUUAUGUGAUGUUUUCUCCGCGUUGCUUCAUCCACAAAUACUCUUUUCUGACUGUAGGGAACCUUGUUUCUCCAGGCAGCCUAGCUCGCACCAGUCUGUAGACAUCCACACCGUUGCUGUUCAAACGCUUGCAACAACACAUGCUGUUCACAGAAGCUGCAAGGAGAGAACACGCCCAGGGUGGGCUGUGGCAGCCAAACUUCUAGGUUAAACAGAAAGCCCUGGAAAUCAGAGCAGCUAUGUAUUCGGAAAGAGCCUUAAUAUUUCCUACUACUAAUCUGCGAUCCAAUCACAUCCCAUUUCCAGUAAUUUCUCUCCUAAAAUCAAAAUGGAGGGGAGCACCAGCUCACUUCAGUGUUUCCCCCUUUUUCCUUCCUCCUGUUAUGCAUUAGGGCGCAGAAUCUCAAGUUUCUUAACAACCACAGACCUUCUGCCACGUAGCUGAAGUUGUUGUAUCAGCUGGAUACUGUUCCAUAUCGCCAUAGACGUCCUUGUUUUGACACACUAACAUUUAUGCCAAAUUGCAGAUAAUUCUGCAGAAAUGGAAUUGCAUGUUUGUGUUGUAUAUUUAGAAUGAACUUUUUUUUGCAGAACAUGUUUCUUAGUUAUCAAAGCAGUUGGAAAUGUCUUCAAGACUAUGAACAUAGAAUUGCUGCUUUUAUAUUUUAACUGCAGAUUGUGAAUUUCACUGCCUUAUAUUAUUUAUUUCUGAAACAAAAGAGGCAUUUUUCAAUAAAACUACUGAAAAUUUGA